AUGAGCAAAUACAGCGCACUGAUCCUGCUUUUAACAAUAAUCUCCGGUUUCUGCGAAGGAGAAAAUCGUACGCGUGGCUGGCUGCCGGAGUUCUGUGUCUUCGGCGAGCAAAAGUGUCCCAAUUCACGAGUUUCGUUUUGGCUUUACACCAACCAAACACGCUACGAUCCCAAACAAUUAGAUCCUUUGAACCCGCAAAAGGAUUUCUUCGAGCCGCGUCUGCCACUAAAGAUACUCAUCCAUGGAUUUGUUGGAAGCAGGAACUUGACUCCAAAUUUGGAAGUUAGGGAUGUGCUGCUCCAAACUCAGCCUGUAAAUGUGAUAUCGGUGGACUAUGGGACAUUGGUGCGCUGGCCAUGUUAUUAUCCUUGGGCCGUGAAUAAUGCACCAAUUGUCUCUGAGUGCCUGGCCCAGAUGAUAAAUAAUCUAAUCUCAGCUGGCAUCAGCAGACGAGAGGAUAUUCACUUGAUAGGCUUCAGCUUGGGAGCCCAAGUGGCUGGAAUGGUGGCUAACUACGUGAGCCAACCUCUGGCUAGGAUUACUGGACUAGAUCCUGCGGGUCCUGGCUUCAUGAUGCAGCCCUCGAUGCAGCAAAAGCUGGAUGCCAGUGACGCCGACUUUGUGGACAUCAUACACACCGAUCCGUUCUUCUUUUCCAUGCUGCCGCCAAUGGGUCAUGCAGACUUCUACCCCAAUCUCGACCAGCUAAAUCAACGGGGGUGCAGCUACAUCAGCAACUGGAGAUUCUACAACUGUAAUCAUUACCGGGCAGCCGUAUACUACGGCGAGUCGAUAACAUCGAGAAGAGGUUUUUGGGCCCAGCAAUGCGGCGGAUGGUUCGAUUUCUUCUCGCAGCGGUGCAGCCACUACUCCAACAUGCCCAAUACCCAAAUGGGUUACUUCGUCGCAGAAGAUGCCUCGGGCUCGUACUUUCUCACCACCAACGAGGUUGCUCCUUUUGCCAAAGGACCUCUUGUUGAAGUCGAGUUUGAAGUUUCGGAACUUCGCAAUUUCACGGAAAUUUAA